GACAUGCAGGUGCUGAACAAGUACUACCCGCCGGACUUCGACCCGACUCUUCUUCCGAGGAAUCGAAAGCCACGAGAUCGGCAGAUUGAAGUUCGCAUCAUGAUCCCCUUCACCCUCUGCUGCUCCAUGUGCAAGGAGUUCAGCUAUCGAGGAAAGAAAUUCAAUUCCAAGAAGGAGAUUGCUCAGGAUGUGACGUAUCUUGGUAUCCACAUUCACAGAUUCUUCAUCAAAUGUCCUCGUUGUGCCAGCGAGAUCGUGUUCCGAACAGAUCCCGAGCAUGCCGAUUACAUUCUAGAGCAUGGAGCUACGAGAAAUUACGAGGUUUGGAACGACAGGCGUGGUGAAGACGAGGACGAGGACGAGAACGAUGUCAUGAAGGCAUUGGAGAAGAAGACCCACGACAACAAGAUUGAGAUGGACAUUCUUGAUGCUCUUGACGACGCUAAGACUCUCAAUGCAAGGUCGAUGCAGUAUAUGCCACUGCCGCUGUCGCUCAGGCUCAAUUUAGGCACCAGAAGGUUGACAUGGACAAAGUCUUAG